AGCUCCAGCUCCAGCACCCGCCCCACAACCAUUAUUCCGGACAACGACUACCACCCCAUUUAGGCCUCCGGCAUCAGCAACUACUGCUGCUGCUACAGCAACUGUUGCUACUGCUCAGCCAACUCAACCUCAAGAAUCUAGACCACAAACACCAGCUACUGCUUCUGCUCCUCCUGCUGCCGCCCCUGCACCACUACCGCCGGCACCUCCUCAGCCACAACAACAACCAGCAAUGUCGGCCCCACGGAGCCCGAUUUCAGCACAGAAGCCUCAGCCAGUGGCUGCAGCUUCCCCACGUUCCACUCCAGCUACUCCACCUCCAAGAUCACCUGUUGCUCCUCCUCCACCUGUUGUUUCGCCACCAAAGGCUCCUUCACCACGUUCUCCGAUGGCAACACAGCCACAACGUGCCCCCACCGACGUACCUAAAUCUCCUGUUAUUAAAGCCACCACAUCAGUGCCACAAUCCCCAUUCAAGACAUUAGCUUCCAAUGUAACAACAGAGAGAGCUCCGCUUGGUCAGUUUAGUAGUCCGUAUUCUUCACCACUACCAUCUCCAAACACAAAAAUGGCAGAUUCUACCCAAACUCUCAUCAAUCAAUCGUCACCAUCAAAAGCUCCAACACCAUCUCAAAACGGUAAUCCAGCCUAA